ACAGUGUUAUUUGAAACGCGGAGCCGAACUCUCGCGCAUAAUGUUUUAAAUUUAGAAUACCUUGGCUUAGGGAUUUGAAUUUUGAUUAUAAUCAUGGAAUAACGAGAUAAAUAGUUAGUUAGUUUUUAUGAAAUUGGUGUUGUGCUAUAGAAAUAUGUUUGUGUUUAAAGUGGGAGGGAGACAGCUGAUGCGAUGCAGGGAACGCCGGGUGUAUGAAAGAGUGAAGUAUCACUCUGGUGCAGGCGUGUUUGGCCAUCGACCGCAGCCUGUGAAUGAAGCUGAUUUCGCUCAGGAUCUGAUAGUGAAAAGAUACGACAACUGCCGCGCACAUCAACUAGUCAACGCUUAUCGUACUUAUGGACAUCUCAGAGCGAACAUAGAUAAUGUAGAAUACAGAAAUGAAAAUAGAAACAUAAAAGAGCUCAGUAUAUCCAGAUAUGGGCUAGCCAAUGGAGACACCGUAGAAUUGGGUUUACUUUACGGAUACAAUGGGAGGCGGCCGACGACAGCUUUGGUCGAUGAACUAGAAAAGAUAUAUUGUGGAGCUAUAUCCUACGAGUUCUCCUAUCUCGAGACAGAGGCAGAGCGAGAAUGGUUCGCGGAACGCGUAGAAACCGGAGUGGAUUCCAUAGACAAGAAUAGAAAAAUAGAGAUGGCGAAGGAAAUGCUUCACUCCCAGGCUUGGGACAAAUUUCUAUCGGUGAAGUUCCCCACAGUCAAGAGGUAUUGCGGUGAAGGUGCUGAAUCUCUCCUCACGUUCUUCUCCACUUUAUUUGGAUUGACAACCGCAGAGGGUGUCCAGCAAGUGAUCCUGGCCAUGGCUCACCGGGGCAAACUGAACGUGCUCAGCGGUCUGCUACAGUGCCCUCCUGUCAAGAUCUUUAGCAAGUUCUCCGGCAAACCUGAGUUCCCGCACGAGACUGACGCUGUCUGUGAUAUCUCUACGCAUUUGAGCGCUUCGACCGAUAUAUCCGCGAAUGGAAAAACUGUUCGCUUUUCAUUACUCAAUAAUCCAUCACAUUUAGAGGCAGCAAAUCCAGUGUCUAUGGGGAAAACAAGAUCGAAGCAAUUGCAGUACAAAGAGGGUCACUACAGUCGGGACGGAUCAUCCAAAAUGGGAGACAAGUUCUUGAACGUUCAGAUUCACGGAGACGCAGCAUUCACAGGGCAAGGGGUAAAUCAAGAAACAUUGAUGUUGUCAAGAGCUCCUCACUUCGACGUCGGCGGAUCUCUUCAUGUGGUUGUCAAUAAUCAGGUCGGGUUCACACUGCCGGCGUUAAGAGGCCGCUCCUGCCGCUACGUGACAGAUCUGGCCAAAGCUAUCUCCGUCCCGGUCAUACACGUGAAUGGAGACUACCCUGAGCUUGUGGCAAAAGCCACGAAUAUAGCAUUCGAGUACCAGCGCCGGUUCCGGAAGGACGUGUUCAUAGACUACAACUGCUACCGGCGGUGGGGGCACAAUGAACUGGACGAUCCCACCUUUACCAACCCCCUCAUGUAUCAAGUUAUACACAAUAGGAAAUCUAUACCAGAUCUGUAUGCUGACAAGCUGAUAUCAGAAGGGAUUCUCACACACAAUCAAGUGGAUGGCAUCACUCAAGAGUACAGCAAGUACUUACAGUCUCAAUACGAAGCAGUACCAACAUACAAACCAGAGGUAUCGUACUACCAAGACCAGUGGUCGAAGAUGAGUCCAGCUCUUCGCAACGUGGAGAUCUGGGACACAGGAGUCGACACUGGUCUACUGAAGAUGGUGGGCCAGGCUUCUGUCACUUUCCCCAAAGAUUUUAACAUACAUCCUCAUCUAGAGAAGACGCACGUCAAGAAUCGUCUCACAAGGCUUUCAGAAGAUAAGGAACUCGACUGGGCUACUGCUGAGGCGUUGGCUUUUGGUUCGUUGUUAAUGGAAGGCAGGCAUGUCCGACUGAGUGGGGAGGAUGUGGGCAGAGGCACCUUCUCCCAUCGACACGCGAUGUUGGUAGACCAGAAAACUGAGAGUAUUUACAUACCGCUCAACCAUAUACAUGAACAACAGAAAGGUUAUCUCGAGGUGGCCAAUUCAAUCCUAUCUGAAGAAGCGGUAUUAGGGUUCGAGUACGGGAUGGCCUACGACUGCCCCGACAACUUGGUGAUAUGGGAGGCGCAGUUUGGAGACUUUUAUAAUGGAGCUCAGAUCAUCGUCGACACCUAUGUCGCAUCUGGAGAAUCUAAAUGGAUCCGCAGCAACGGUCUAGUCAUGCUGCUACCGCACGGGUAUGAUGGUGCAGCCUCAGAACACUCCUCCUGCAGACUGGAGAGGUUCCUGCAGCUAACAGAUAGUUUGGAAUCGGCGCCAGAUUCUGAGGCUGUGUGUAUGCAUGUGGCCAACCCUACAACCCCAGCGCAGUACUUCCACCUACUCCGGAGACAGAUGGUGCGCAACUACAGAAAGCCAUUGAUAGUGGUGGCGCCGAAACUACUACUCAGGCUGGCUGACGCAGUCUCACCGAUAUCUGAAUUCGGACCUCGUACGCAUUUCCAACCAGUUAUUGGUGACAAAAUAGCUGAUCCGUUAAAAGUGAAGCGUGUGAUCCUAGUAUCAGGGAAGCAUUACUACGAAUUGCACAAAGAAAGACUGCGUGCCAAGAUCGACGAUGUGGCCAUCGUGAGAGUAGAAUCCUUGGCACCCUUCCCUCUCCAGGGGCUGCAGGUGGAGUUGGAGAAAUACAGAAAUGCUAGAAAGUUCAUUUGGAGCCAAGAAGAACACAGAAAUAUGGGCGCCUGGAGUUUUAUCAAGCUUAGAUUUGAAAACCUACUGGGCAGGAAGUUGUUAUAUGCAGGCAGAUCAGAAGCUGCGACACCAGCUGUCGGCACAUCAGUUCUACACCAGGCUGAAGUUGAACAUAUACUAAAUGAACCAUUGUAUAAUAUCAAAUGAAUGUCAAAUCAAAUCUUUUGUAAUAUUUUUAUAUAGGUGUGAAAUGUUUAAUUUGCUAGAACUUGGCUAGAACAAAUAAUGAAGAUAUACAUAAUGUUAUUUAUUGUAAGUAGAUAAGUAAAGUGCAUUUAUUUUGUAUGCAAUCACUUUGUUGUAAUGUUUAAAAUAACAAAAUUGUUAAAAAAAAAAAAACAAAUAGU